UGUGGGUUGUGCAUCCCCUGUUUGCAUCACAUCUGUUUUUGCAAGCCGAGUGCAGCCAAACUGACCUUUUUCCUGCUGCAAAUCCAUGCACCAUCAUUGGGGAACGCGUUUUGCUGGAGCCAGGGGGACUUCCUUCUGUCUCUGAGCGUGUUCCGCUUGGAAUUGCUGUGGAAAUAGCUCCGUUGAGAAACUCGCCAGAAGUACCAGAAAUAAAAUAAACUCCAAGUCCCAGGAAAUCCCAUGCCUUUGCCAGUGAGCAGAUGUGUUUGGAUCAUUCUCAGUGCAUUUGAAUUGGAGGCUUUUGGAAAUACUUCAUCCGACUGAAGACUAUGCCGUACCAGGGAAAAGAGCAUCUUGCGAAGCGUUGCAAUUCCGCUCUCUUGCUUUCUGACCUGUGAUAGUCCAGGUUUGGCGUCUUUCCCCAAAGUAGGAGGAUGCGCUCCCCAUCUGGCCUCUGUUUCCUGGACUUAAAAGGGGUCAGUGGUAUUUUAGCCUCCUUUUGCACUUAGCGGCGAGGCUGCUGAAGCGCUUAGAUUAAGCCGCGUUUGAUCCUGGUCAGGAUUUGGAGCAGAGCGGAAAGGAAGGCGCUGCGGUCAGUAGCGUCACAAGCCGAGGAGGUAGUAUGAAGAAACUGCUCAGGAUUAAGCUGAUCAGUGGCGGUUCUAUUGUAAGCGCCGAGGCAGUAUGGGAUCACGUCACCAUGGCCAACCGGGAGUUGGCGUUUAAAGCAGGAGACGUCAUCAAGGUCCUGGAUGCCUCCAACAAGGACUGGUGGUGGGGACAGAUCGAUGACGAGGAGGGGUGGUUCCCCGCCAGCUUCGUAAGACUAUGGGUCAACCAAGAAGAUGGAGUUGAGGAAGGCCCGAGCGAAGUUCAGAAUGGGCACUUGGACCCCAGCGCCGCGGACUGCCUUUGCCUGGGCAGGACCCUCCAGAACCGGGACCAGAUGAGAGCCAACGUCAUCAACGAAAUCAUGAGCACCGAGCGCCACUAUAUCAAGCACCUGAAGGACAUUUGCGAGGGUUACUUGAAGCAAUGUCGGAAGAGGCGGGACAUGUUCAGCGAUGACCAGUUGAAGAUCAUCUUUGGCAACAUUGAGGACAUCUACCGGUUCCAGAUGGGCUUUGUGAGGGACUUGGAGAAGCAGUACAACAAUGAGGACCCGCAUCUCAGUGAAAUCGGACCGUGUUUCCUGGAGCAUCAAGAUGGCUUUUGGAUCUAUUCCGAGUACUGUAACAACCACUUGGACGCCUGCAUGGAGCUCUCUAAGCUGAUGAAAGAUGGCAGGUACCAGCACUUCUUUGAAGCGUGCCGUCUCUUGCAGCAGAUGAUUGACAUUGCCAUCGACGGGUUCUUACUGACACCGGUGCAGAAGAUCUGCAAGUACCCCCUGCAGCUGGCAGAACUGCUGAAGUACACGGCCCAGGACCACAGUGAUUACAGGUAUGUGGCUGCAGCCCUUGCCGUCAUGAGGAAUGUGACCCAGCAGAUAAAUGAGAGGAAACGGAGACUAGAAAACAUCGACAAGAUUGCUCAGUGGCAGGCCUCAGUUCUGGAUUGGGAGGGAGAUGACAUCUUGGACCGCAGUUCCGAACUGAUCUACACAGGAGAAAUGUCCUGGAUCUAUCAGCCCUACGGACGAAGCCAGCAGCGUGUGUUCUUCCUCUUCGAUCACCAGAUGGUUCUCUGCAAAAAGGAUCUGAUACGAAGAGACAUCCUCUACUACAAAGGGCGCAUUGACAUGGAUCGGUAUGAGUUUGUGGAUAUAGAAGACGGGAGGGACGACGACUUCAACGUGAGCAUGAAGAACGCCUUCAAGCUUCACAACAAGGAGACCGAGGAUGUGCACUUAUUUUUUGCCAAGAAGCUGGAGGAGAAACUGAGGUGGCUGAGAGCUUUCCGGGAGGAGCGGAAGAUGGUGCAAGAAGAUGAGAAGAUAGGUUUUGAGAUUUCUGAGAAUCAGAAGCGGCAAGCGGCCAUGACAGUAAGGAAAGUCAGUAAGCAAAAAGGUGUCGGCUAUUCUCGAUCUGUUCCUCCCGCUUACCCGCCACCCCAGGAUCCGCUAAAUCAGGGACAAUACUUGGUGACCGACGGCAUAGCCCCGACCCAGGUCUACGAAUUCGCCGAACCCAAACGCAGCCAGUCCCCAUUCUGGCAAAACUUCAGCAGGUUAACGCCAUUCAAAAAAUAAUAUAUAGAGUGAAGU